AUUAAAAUAAGAAAAAAAUAUACUGAAAGUAAAAGUGGUAACAAAAGUUUAUCGGAAGAAAUCAAUUAUUCUCGAUCAGCUACGCCGUUGCCGGGAGAAAACCUCACAAGGCUUCCACUGGUGUAGCCGGCGCCGGUGCAGGGGGAUUACGCAGUUCCGGCAUUUUCUUCCUCCUCAUCUUCCAACGCUUCCAACACAGUUUCCUUCUAGUAAAUGUGCACAAAACUUAAAUUUGGGUAAUGUCUAUCACAGUUCACAUUUGAUUGAAUUUGAAGACUCUCCUCGUUCACACACCACGUUGAUUCUUUUUCCGCUCCUAUUUCGCUGAGUAACUGUUCGACGAAAUGCCGCAACCACGCACUUCCUCACUCCACCGUCACAUUCGCUGCUCUCUCCCCUUUUGACCCUUUCCCUCCCCCACCCUCAUUCUACUUCUCCUGCUCGACCGGUUGGGUGCUCCGAUUCGCGGUUCUGAAAAUGGUUUAUCUACAAUAACCAUUACUCUUUCUCGUUCAAUGAAACUUGAUCGGUCUCGAUGGCUACUUUUAAAAGCUAUUUGAUUUGUAGAAGAGCAGAUAAUCCUUUCAAAAUCUCCAGAUUUCGUAGCACUUGCUUUUUUUCACUAGAAGCUACAUGCUGGCAUAUAUACGGUGGCUUGAGAUAUUAUCAUUCUGGGUCAGAAUGGGGUAAAAAUCAGAGAUUGAAUCCAAACCAGAAGCCAAACAGGGUGGGGCUUUUCUGGGACUUGGACAAUAAACCACCCAAUGCAAUUCCACCUUUUGAAGUUGCCAAUAAGCUGAGAGUAGCUGCAUCUUCCUUUGGGAUUGUUCGUUACAUGGUGGCUUAUGCAAAUAGCCACACUUUUAGUCAUGUUCCUCAAUCUGUACGGGAGAAAAGGAAAGAGAAGGAACUGUUGUAUCGUUUAGAGAACAAGGGUGUCAUCAAGCCAAAUGAACCUUAUCGUUGUCGGGUUUGUGGGAGAAAGUUUUAUACUAAUGACAAGCUUGUCAACCAUUUCAAGCAACUGCAUGAGCGUGAGCACGGGAAAAGGAUGAAUCAGAUUGAGUCUGCUAGAGGGAGCAGGAAGGUGAAGUUGGUGGCUAAGUAUUCUAUGAAAAUGGAAAAGUAUAAGAAGGCUGCAAGUGCUAUUCUCACACCCAAAGUGGGGUAUGGUUUGGCAGAUGAGCUCAAACGGGCUGGGUUUUGGGUUCAAACUGUGUUGGAUAAGCCGCAAGCUGCAGAUCGAGCAUUGCAAAGCCACAUUGUGGAUGUCAUGGAUCAUAGGCGGGUUGAGUGUGUGGUUCUUGUGUCUGAUGAUUCUGAUUUUGUUGAUGUGAUAAAGGAAGCAAGGCUGCGAUGUCUGAAGACGGUUGUCGUUGGGGACAUUGAUGAUGGUGUCUUGAAGAGAACUGCUGAUACUGCCUUUUCUUGGGAGGAAAUUCUGAUGGGGAAGGCUAAAAAACAGGCCGUUUCGGUUGUGAAAAACUGGAAGGAUCGUGAUAUUUUGAAGAGGUUGGAGUGGACAUAUAACCCAGAUGCAGAUAAAAAGAAAUUGGAUGUGGAUAAUUUCAUUGCUGAAACAUCUGAAGAUGAUAAUAUUGAGGAUACCUCAGAUGAAGUUGAUGAACAUAAGAGAAAGAUGGAAGUAAAGCGGAGUCUAAUGUAGUUGAACACUACAGAUUCUUGCUGCUUUUCAAAUUAACACAUAUUCAUAGUAUAAAAAUACUUACAAGAUGCAUGAAGAUAGCUAGUGAUUGUGCUAAGUAGAUCAUGCAAAACCCAAAUAGCUGCUAAGUACACACUCAUUCUGACUGAGUCACAGC